GAAUGAAGAAGAUCCCAUAUUCAUCUUUCCUGUCACAUUUCAGAUGUGAAAUGAAGAGACAUUUUUUGAGAAACAAUGGAGUGGGAUAAGCUGUCAAGGCUUUUUAGAUUGUUUCGAUCAUUGAUCGGCUGAGGAGGAUAUAAGACACCGGAGUCACCCCCCAGGUAACAGAUGGUCCAGGUGAUUUUGUAUUCACACCUGUUACAGGGGUAUUGAUGCCUCAUCCCACAGACACUUAUCAUAAGUUACCUCUUGAUUCAAUUUACUGCUGUUUGUUCUCGUUUGGAUUUCAAAAUAAAAACAUGAAUUCUCGAUAAAAUAGCAAUGGAGAAAUCUUCAAAAAAGUUAAAGCUAGACUCGGAGGCCAUUCACUCCAAUAUGAAGUCCGGUGACCCUUUGGAUGUCGGUGAUUUGGACUACCUGAAUGACAUUAUUCCAUACAGAUGUCCGAAAUGUAGAGAUGAGAGAAAGUUCUCUUCUCUCUCCGAUUUACGCCUACACCUUGAUAAAAACCAUUCCUACCAGGUUGGGUACGUGAGACCUCGAGCAAGGAUGCAAGUCUUUGACGCAAAGUCUGAAAAAACAAAGGAAAAUAACUCAAUCGAUGAAGGAAAAAGGAAAACAAGUUCACCUCGGUUGGAAAUCAGGUCAUCAGAUGGAAGAUCUUCACCGCUUCUCCUGAGCUUUAAGGAAGAUGCCAGGAUUCUCGAGAGUCAACUGAGGGCUGCCAAAGAAGCUGAAAUGAGAAACAAAGAAAGAUCUUACCACAGAAAGACAGGACAUGUGAAUGAAUCAGGCACAAUUGACAGUCUACAUCAAAAACUGAUGUCUUCCAGGAAUCAGCAAUGGAAGGCUGAGGAGGCUCUGUACAGUAUAGACAGUGUUCUGGACAAUUUGGAAAAGUCUGUAGAAAUGAGAUUCCGAGAUCAAAGGGGUGUUAUCAGUGACUUGGCCUCGAGUCUAGACAACAGAGAGGAGCAGUUAAGUCAAGCUAACCUCACCCUAAAAAGUCUGCAAAAAGAGCGGCAAAAAUUGAUGAGAGAGACGCAAGAAGUGUUAAAGCAGAGCGAAAUCAAGAACGAGAGACUGAAGUUUGAGCUAGAGAGAAGAGACGACGUUCUCCACUCUGUCAAGUCCCAGCUCCAUGAUCUGAGAGUUAAAACCGAGGAGAGUAUUAGACUCAGGGACAAUGAGUUGAUGCUGACCAAGGACAGAGUUCAUCAUUUGGAGUUGGAGAAGGAGACCUUGUUGAGAGAUGUUGAGGAGCUGAUGAGGGCCUCUGAUCAGGACAGUGUUCAUCUGAAACAAGCUCUGGGAGCAAAGGAGAGGCAGCUUAAAUUAGUCAAUAAUGAACUACUUAAAAUCAGAAAUGAGCAGUCUGACCUAAUGAAUGAAAGUGUGAAAUUGUAUGAAGCAGCAGAAAUGGGCAAUGAGAAGCUGAAGAAAGUUAUUCAGACCAAGGACAGCAAACUUCAACAGGCAGAGAUGGAGCUUUUAAAGUUAAGGAAGAUGCAGGAUGAUUUAGUGUGUGAGUCCCAGCUGUUGACAGAGCAGGCCGACAGUCACAGUCAGGCCAUGAGGGGGGUUCUGAUAGAGAAGGAGGCCGCACUCUCCACACUGAGGCAGGAACUGGACAGAGUGGUUCACGAAAGAGACAAGCUGCUUACGGCUGGGGAGACUAGGGCAACAGGAAUAAAUUCAGAAGCCAUUAAGAGAGAUAAACCAGUGAACAGCUCCCUCGAACAAGAGAAAAUUAGGCAAGAAUUGGACAGAGUGGUGAAGGAGAGGGACAGACUUCUUAUGGCGUUAGAGACUAGGGCACCAGUGAACUUCGAAGCCCAUCAGAGACAUGUAGCAGUAAACAGCUCCACCCAGGAACAAGAAGAAAUGAGGCAGGAACUGGAGAGGGUGAUGAAGGAGAGGGACAGACUGAUGGAGGUCAUGGAAAGGUCACCUGUAAGGGGUCAUGUGAUGGAAGGAACUAGUGAGACAGAUGGAGACAGUGCCCUUAUGAAGGAGGAAAAAUUAGUUCAAAGGCAGAAUGCAUCACAGAAUCAAAGGGUGGUAACUCCUGUACUAUCUGUAAAUGAUGCUGACAUUAGUAAACUUCAGUCUGAACUAGAAGAAAAACAAGCUCAUUUGGAAAAGAAAGAAAGGGAACUUGAAUCCUUAAAGAAGUUUAUCAACACUACAGCAGAGAAGGAGAUGGUGGGAAGGCAGAAACUGGAGGAGUUCAUCAGCGAGCUGAUUGAUCGAGCGGACCAAGCUGAGAGGGAGCUCGAGCUGAUGAGGAGGAAAUCAAGGACCGCUCAUCCCACAAAGGAUCCAAUGGAGGAUAGAGAUUUUCAAAAAUUGCACAGAAGUCCAAAGCAAAAUACAUUGACUACUUCACCUGCUAACCAGAUGCAAUCGCACAAUACAUCAGGGACAUCAGGUCUGUAUAAUUCGGUUGCCAGACAUCUUGUGGAGGCUACAGUUGAACCAUGGCCGAACUCCAUAGCACCUUCGACAUUGAACCCAACAAAGAAAUCUGCAUCUUCAUCAGAGAGUGAAAAUACUCAAAAUGGUAUAAAAUCCAAUGUACAAGGAAAGAAAGUUCCUCCUCCAAUUAGAGGCAGGACAUAUCACCCAAAGGAGACACCUCCUGUCAGAUCAUUAUCACAUCAGUCCUCCCAUGAUUCAGAAGUUGAGUCCCCUGAAAGCAAGACAAAAAACCAGCCAAGAAAAUCAGAAACUAGCAGACCACUAGCUUAUCAGUCCUCCAAUGAUACAGAAGUUAUGCCCCUUGAAAGCAGGAAAAAACACCAGCCAAGAAAAUUAGGAUCCGACAGAGCGUUACCUCAACAAUCGUCAAAUGAUUCAGAAAUCAUGUCGGAUGAAGAUUCAACAGAGUACUCCCCCUUGCCAACUAAUAAAAGAUAUUCAGAUAAUAAGGAGCAGUUUCAAAGAACCAGUUCCAACCAAUCAUACAUCUCACAAAGACAUGGGUGGAUGGACCCAGACUCGGUACUGUACAGCGAGACAAUGGACGAUCCAGACCUGGAGAGAAUCAGUGUGGACUCAUUCAAUGGACUGCCACUAGAACUCCAUCAAAUCAGUGGAGGUAACCCUAAUGUGGUGUAUGUGCCAUUCAACAGGAGGACGGGACAGCCAAUCAGACCCCACCUUGACCCAACCAGACAUCUGGACCCAAACAGUGACCCAAAUCAGCAACAAAAUCAUGACAUUGAUUCAACCCCAAUUCAAGUAGAGGCCUCAGACAAAAUGGAAUCUAACAAGACAGACCUCUCAGAAAGCAGUACUUACAGUCAUUCAGAGUUCAAAGAAAUAAAACCAAGAGACUCCCCAGAUAAGGGUAGUCAUAGAGAAACAAGUCGCUUUAAGAGUGAGUCUCCCUCUGAAAAAUUGUCAAAGCCUCCAAAAAGAUGUGAGCAAAAACCAGAAAAAGACAGAGAGGAGAACAUUGUUAUGAAGAGUAUUGGAGUAAUGGCCAAUAUCCCCUCAUUUCAAGGAACAACCACAGAGUCAGAAUCUUGUGAAGAAAUGGAAAUGGCUGAAAAUUCUCUCUCGGAUGUCAAAUCAUUUUCAGAGGACUAUCCAUUGGAAAAACAGGAUUCAUUUGAAAAAGAGUUAGAUGAUAACGGCAUCAUUUGGGAUUUGGAGGACCACUCCCAUCAUUCUUUGAUGGAGUCCAGGAGGUUUAGUCCAUAUGGAAGUGAAAUGAAAAGUCCUUCCAAUCAAGGCGUAGAUUUUGAUGAGUCCGAUUCCUUAGACAGCGUUCCAGUAAAGGACCAAAGUGGGGAAAGCAGUGAGUACCACUCAGCAGGGCUGGGAGAGGCUAAAUUAAACAGUCUCUCAUUUAACACGUACCCUCCUCGCAAAAAGCAAGUCAAUUUCCAGACUCUUUCAGAACACAGCGAUCCUGUGAACUAUAACAAGAGGCCAAACAAAUGUAGGGGUUAUCCCAGGAAUGAGGACUACAGGCUUCUGGAUAAUGAAACAGAUGAAGAUGAAUAUGAGGAGGAUAUUCAGAGAUGGAGAAACUUCACUGCAGAUAUAAACACAGAUCUAGAAAGAAAAACAAAGACUGGUGACCAUCAACCCAGGCAUUACUCUUCGACAGGAAGGUAUAAAAGUCCUACAUCAUCUACUAAGAGUUCAUAUGAAAAAUCACAAUUGUUUAACAGACCAGAGCCACGUGCUGGUGGACAGGGUUUUGCAUGGCAAAGGGAGGCUUAUCCAAUGCAUUUACAACCUUCAAUGCUCCCUUUUGGGGAGCCAUUGCAAAGAACAAUGUCUUCUCCAGGACUUUACAAGAGAUUUAUGAUGAAUGAAGAUGUUCCCUAUUUUUACCAAAAUCUCCAUUCAUCAUGGAGACCAUCUAUUCAGAGAGGAAGAUUCACACAAGAUGUAGGAAAAAGACUCAGCUCUAGUUUGUCAAACCUUAACACACGAGCAGGCCAAGAGCUUACUCCUAGGACCUCUGUCUGUAAGGAUUCAUCUACACAAACAUGGCUGCUGGAUCGACAGCUUACAGAAAAAGAUCUCCAUUACAUGGAGGAAAUAUCAAGUUCUGUCUCAUCCCCUGAAAAAAAUUCAGGCAGAAUGUCUCAAAUUCGGUGCAAAGCAGAUGAAGUAAUGCAGAAAUCAGAGUCAAAGUUAGCUGAUGUCAAGCCCAGUAGCAACAGUCCAUGUCUUUCUAGCAGACACCCCUCUUCCUCAGUCUGUCUGGGAAGUAAUGAGAAUACAGAUAAAAAUAUGUCUGGAAGUAUGAAAGACUUCAAAAGUAACAAAUUUGAAAAGUCACAGAACAUAUCUUCCUCAACUGAUAUCUCAGACAACAAAAUUUUCCAAGAGUCUAAUUGCAGCAAACCUCAAUCUGGCUCCUCUUGCCUCCAAAAUGAUGACAGUAGAAAACAUCACUCAGAUAAGAAUAAUGGAAGCCAUGAAAAAGGCACUGAUAACACUGAUGGUGAUAGCCAAAGAAGUGCAAAUUCUAGCUUGGGAGAAGAACUGAGCUUUCCACAAUCAACUGAAAACUCCACAAGUUCAGCCAAAAAUCUUUCUCAGAGAACCUCAGAUGGACUUGGUAUUGUUGGAAACAAAUGUACUGUAUCAGCUCAUAACCCAGCAAAUGAUGAAAGUAAACACAGUUCAAACAGUAUCAGCUCAGUCUCUGUGGAUUCUGAAAAUUGUGAUAAGUCCAAAAACAGUGCUUCCUUAAACAUUGAAGAAAAUUUGAAACAACUCUCAAAACAAUCAAGUGAUGUUAAAGGACUGGAUGUAUCGACCCCAAAUGAUGAAUAUGUCAAAGAAGAUGCUAAGCAGGAUUUUACUAGGAGUGAUUCAAAGUCAGGAGACAGCCAUCCUGAAAGUCUGAAUAAAACAGAUCUGUGCAGUAAUGUUCAGGACAAUACAAAGUGUAAAGAUGUUGAAUAUUCAUCAAAAGGUUCCUCUGCAAAAUCAACAUUGAGCAAAUCUAAUGAAAAUAAAUCCAUGGAAUUAAAUGGUAGUGGGUCACAAGCUGACAGUAAAACUAUGAGUGAUUCCAAACAAUCAGCUGACAGUCAAACUAUGAGUGAUUCAAAACCACUAAGUGUUUCACAGAGGAGCAGGCCUUUAACCCAUCCACACCAUGAUGAAGAUGAUGACACUUCCAUUAUGACUGAUCUCAGUCUUGGUUCCAGUGUGGCUGACAUCAGCAACCAGAGCUCCAACUUCAGUAACUUCUUUAACCAAAGGAAGACAGGAGGAGACAGGGUGGAAGACCCUGAUAAAGACAGGGACUGCCAUGAUGAGCAGACAAUGGAGGAUGAAGUUCCCUCUGAGGCUUCAAGAGAGCAGUCACAUUCACUGAGUGAAUCAGAGACAAGUGAAGGGAUGCAGGGUAGGAGAAAUUCAGUGAAACUCCAGAAACAGAAGACAAUGCCUGUAGUAGCAGAGUUUGAACCCUUUACCAUGGCUUUUGAGGGUGAUACAAAACCUCCAGUGUUCUCUGAGGUGCAGGAGACGGAAGAUGAGGAUGACCUGUCCACACUGGACAGCUGUAGUGUGACUCUCAACAGUGCAGAUGAAAUGAGGGCACCAACAAUGAGCAGGCGAGAGGAAACAAGGAAGCGAAGACAGGCGCUACAAAAGAUAUUCCGUUUUCUGGACGUCGACUCACUUCUUGUUGUGGCCCAGGUCUGUAGAGAGUGGAAAAAGGUCAGCCGCAACAGGUCGCUGUGGAAACGUGUGGUACUGGAAAAUAAAAAGUGUUCAUCAAAGUUCUUGAUCAGUUUGUCCAAUUGGUGCACCAGUGUAAAACAUUUGACCUUGAAAAAUCUUUCACCACGAGACCAAAGGCAAACAGAAGCAGAUGAUGUCUACCAGAGUUCCAUCAGAGGGAGCCUUGAGAUGGGGCUGGAGAGACUUCUACAGGUGUGCGAAUCCACCCUACAGUCCCUCUCCAUUGUUAACUGCGGUACUCUGCUAACUGACAAGAGUAUCUGGCUGGCUAGCUGUUACAGUCGCAUGCUGCGGAGCGUGGAGUAUCUCUCCUCCUCUUUCCCUCUGGGUCCUGAUGUUAUGUACGCUUUGGGAGCUGGAUGUCGGGACAUAACAACUCUAAAGAUCCACCCUAUCUAUCCUUGUGAAAACGAGGAGAAGUUUUCCAACAAAUGCCUCCAGAUUGUGUCCCAGUUUUGUUCAGACCUUGAAGUUUUGAGUAUUGGCGGUUCUAAAGUAGAUAUAAAUGGCUUAGUUCUCAUAGCCAAGGCCUGUCCUAGACUCCAGCACUUGGAGCUCCAUCACAGUCAGGAGAUGACCUCAGAUGUUGCUGUGGCUGUCUGUCGACUCGGGCUGAAACAGCUUCUCACCCUGGCAUUUAUACACACGCCUGUCACAUCAGAUGCAUUGAAACACUUCUACAAAUCCUGCAAGCACCUUAAAGACGUCCAAGUUUCCUUGUUCAUAUCAGACUUCUAUCAGGGUAAAGCGGAAAAAGAGGACACUAAACUCAAGAAGUGGCAGAAAUUUGUAAAGGAUAUCAAGAGCCUAGAGCGAAUUCCUGGUCUCGGGAAUAUUCUGAAGCUGAGCCUACAAAACACCUAAAUAUGUUCCAUAUUUCUCCAACAAUAUACAUUAUAUUUAUGUUUUAAAUUAAUUUAUUCAUCAUUUCUUGCCACAGGACAUAUACCGGUAAUAUGGCAUUUUAUACAGUCAGUAACCUAGAAUGAAACUACCAUUUUAUAAAGUUUUUUUUAUGUAGGGUGUUAUGUUUAUUUUUAAAAGAAGAACUUUGGUAAGCAAUAUAUGUACUCAUUUCUGAUCAAUUUGUUCAUGCCUAAUGCAAUGAAAUAAUGUUAUUAAAACAAUGUAUUAAAUAUACUCUCAAAGUUCAAUUAUAUGGCAUCAUUAUUUACAUUAAAUUUAGUUUUUAAUCAUAGAAAACAUAUUUGAGUGAAGUGUCUGUACAAUCUGUGACAUUUUUUUCAUGAUGGAACUCACAUGGAAGAUAAGCAGUAAAUAACUGCCGAUUCCUUAUUUAAUGCCAGUACUUAAUUCCAUUUUUCUGUUGCAGAUUGUUAAGAAUAUAAAAUUGCAAAUGCCAAACUUUUUAUUGUAUCUUAUAUAGUUCACAACUAUCAGAAAAUGAAUUGCGAGAUUUUAAUACCUGCGAAGGGUGCCUCUUGCGAUUUUACACACCUAUUGAUUCAUGUUCAACUGGGAAUCUACAACAAUUUAAACAAUCAAAUAAGUUCACUGAUUUUAGAGACUCUGUGUUCAAUAGUCUAAAGAACACAGAUAGUAGAUUCAAAUCUUGCAGGAAAAAACAAUUUGAUGAUUUCAAGUGGUUUAUUCAAUUUUUUUUUUUGAUAUCAAGUGAUUAACCAACAAUUGGUGUACAAGUAUGUACCAGCACUUUCACAGAAAAUAUUUUAAUUUGAUUGACGUAAAUACAAUCACAUGUAAAGGUGCUAGCAAAUUUGCCAAUAAAUACAAACAAGUUGACAACAUGAUUCCAUUAAAAGGUGUGCAUUAAAGUCUUGAGAUAUUGAGUCUUAUACAUUCCCAUUUACAGCAAUUUUGGUAUCAUGAACGAAAAUGUUGACCUAUCUCAAGGUGUCCUUGUUGGUAAGGUAAUUAAUUAUUCAGCUGUAUCUCUACAUGUUCGAUACAGUUCAGCAGGAGUUUCAAUAAUUGUCAAUCAUCACAAUUUUCUCACAGAAUGCCCAAAUAACAACAUACAAGAAAACAAA